CAAAGACUUUUCUAUCCCUCACUCAAUUCAAGCAUCCAUAUAUAUUUUCCUUUAAAAUACAUUUUCCUCUACUUAUCGAUAAUAUUAGUAAUACUAGAAUGCUACUAAUGAUUAAUAAAAGUGGGUUAUCAUGGGUAAUUCUCACUUAAAUUAAUUGUAUCUCUAUAUCUUUUUUUUUUGUUCGGUAUAAAUCUACUUUGCGAUAGUUUUGACUUUUUUACAGUAUUUUAAUCCCCCAGUCGAUUUUGAAGUCAUCUUAUAUAAUAUGAACAUACUAAAAAUUUGCAAAAUAUACCACAUGCCUCAUUGGCAUAGAUUUUAACAUUGGAGAAUUCUCGAAAAAAGUAUAUUUUUUUUUUCUUUUCAAUAAGUAUGAUUACAUAAAUAUUGGGAAAGUCUAGGCAAAAAAAAAAUAACAAUAAUAUUGGUCACUCCUUUCUUCUAAAUAAAUUGAAGCAGCGACUUUACUUCUCUCUAUCUCUGACUCUGAAAAAGAUGAAGUGGAGAAGUUAAUGUUCACCAACUUAAUACUGCAAAGUCUGAAUCUUUCUUCCUUCUUCUUCUUUGCCUUCUUUCAAGUGCGUCUCUCGUUCUCCUCUCUGCCUCUCUGUUUCUUUCUUGUUUUUGAAGAAAGAAAGUUUGAAGUUGCAAGUAGCAGAGGAGCUGUCUCAGAUCUGGUACUAAAGUGAGAGAUUUGAGUAUCUUGUUGAGUUAAAAAUGAGUAAAGAAGAGUUCAUGAAGAUCCAGACUUGUGUUCUUAAAGUGAACAUACACUGUGGUGGCUGUAAGCACAAAGUCAAGAAAAUCUUGCAGAAAAUCGAAGGUGUUUUCACGACCAAGAUUGACUCGGAGCAAGGGAAAGUGACUGUCUCAGGGAGCGUAGAUCCUUCUCUUCUCAUCAAGAAGCUCGCCAAAUCUGGUAAACAUGCUGAACUCUGGGGAGCUCCAAAAGGUAACAACAAUCCCAAUCAGUCCCAACUGGCGAAUCAGUUUAAGGGGAUGCAGAUUGACAACGGAAAAGGCGGUGGCGGUGGCGGCGGCGGAAACAAUAAUAACAACAAGAAAGGUCAGAAGGGCGGCGGCGGAGGAGGAGGAGGAGGGGGUGGAGGUAACAGUAAUGCGCCAAAGAUGAGUCAGCAACUGAAUCAACAACAGAUGCAGCAGCUUCAACAGCUUCAGAAGAUGAAAGGGUUUCAAGAUCUGAAGCUUCCUCCUCAUUUAAAAGGCUCUGUUCCUGUGAACAAGAACCAAAACCAAAACCAGAAAGGAGUCAAGUUUGAUGUUCCUGAGGAGGAUGAUGAUGAUGAUGAUUUUAGUGACGAGUUCGACGAUGAGUUUACUGAUGAUGAUGACGACGAGUUUGAUGAUGAGUUUGAUGAUCUCCCUCCUCCGUCUAAUAAGAUGAAGCCUAAUGCUCAGCAGAUGAUGCCUAAUGCUCAGCAGAUGAUGAUGAUGAACGCUCAGAAGAACGCUAAUCUUGGCGGUGGUCCCGCUAAAAACGGCGGUAAGGGCGCUCCCGGCGGCGGAGGUGGUGGUAAGGGUGGUCCCGGUGGCGGCGGUGGAAAUCAAAACCAAGGCGGAGGAAAGAACGGUGGUAAAAACGGUGGACAUCCACAAGACGGUAAAAACGGUGGUCCAAACGGCGGAAAGAAGGGGAACGGCUGUGGUGGACCAAUGGCUGGAGGACCUCCGGGCGGUUUCCGUCCCAUGGGAGGCGGAGGUGCACCACCGAACAUGAGCAUGCCUAUGGGUGGACCAAUGGGUAUGGGUGGUCCGAUGGGAAAUAUACCGGCGGUUCAGGGAUUACCAGCGACCGGUCCAGGCGGUGUACCACCUGGUUAUUUCCAAGGGGUCGGGUCAGAUCCGAUGCAACAGCAACAACAACAACAACAGCAAUAUUUAGCAGCUGUUAUGAACCAGCAACGAGCUAUGGGGAACGAACGGUUCCAACCAAUGAUGUACGCACGUCCGCCACCGGCAGUUAACUAUAUGCCGCCAAACCCGCACCAAUAUCCGAAUCCUCAUCCGUACCCGUACCCGUAUCCAUAUCCACCACCUUACGGGAAUGAUCAAUACUCUCACGCCUUCAGCGAUGAGAACACAUCAAGCUGCGACAUUAUGUGAGAUAAUAAAUCUAAAUAAAACUUCAGUAGUUUGUGUAUUGAAUCCUAAGUUGGGAUUUUUUUUUUCCAUGGAUCGAAUGCUAAGUUGUUUUAGGCUUUUUUUCUUUCUUUUUUUUGUUUUCACUUUGUGAUGAUAGCUUUGGUAAUUUAAUAGAAUAAUAUAAAACUUCAAAAUUAGUAGUU